AUGGCCUACGACGCCGGCGAUUUUGGUUAUUAUCCGGAAACCAUGAUUUACACGACACAAAAUUCAGACGCCAUGCAGGCCGCAUCAUCAAACCCUAACCUCGAAAACAAGUCGGAGGCUCGCAAGUGUGCUAGAUGGGAACCUCGAGAGCAGAAGAUCUUCAUGUUCGCCGUCGAAAACUUCACUGCAGAGGGAUACCGUCGCCGAAAGUGCUUCUCUUCAACAGGGUGGGAGCGAUUAUGCGAAUUGUUCAACAAAAAUGUUGGGAAGAACUGGACUAUCGCACAACUGAAAAACCAUUGGGGUGCUAUGCGCACGGACCACAAACUACUGUUUGAGCUUCUCCAGUGCACGGGAAUAGCUUGUGGUCUUAGCACCGGGGGCAAAAUUGAUGUGCCGAAAUGGUGGUGGAAGCAAAAAAUUAAGAAGAACCCUCGGUAUGGAAAGUUCAAGGACAAUGACAACACAAAAAUCUACCAUAAUUAUAAUCGUCUGUUUGGAGGUAGUUGUGACUCCAUGAAGUACGCACUGACACCCAUGAAGCUGCCUCAACGUGGGUUUGACUUGGGCGCCAACUCCAACUCAGAUGAUUCGAACGACACGUUACCUAUCAAUGCUGAGACGACUGAUUCUAGCGAUGGCCUGACACCAGGAAGAGUGAGUUCCUCGAUGAAUAUCUCCCUGCAUCGAAGCGGUGAGAAACAUAAGGGAAGACAUGCGAAGGAGAUGCGAAAGAAAUUCGGUGCGAGGGAGGUUUCUGAGUCGGUAGAUAACCUCGCUUGCGCAUCAAAGGAGAUGGCCUCUGUGAUUCGCGCAAAAGAAGAGGGUCGUAUGACUCUCCACGAAUGCAUAGAUGAUUUGAUUUCGAUUGGGCUUGUCGAAGCUGAGGAUGAGUUGCACAUGUUCGCGUUGUGGUUCCUAAGAAAUUCUAAAAAUCGUGUUGCGUACAGUGCAACUAAAAUGAUGGAGAUGCACUACUAG